UAUUCAAUUUGUUUCUCUCCUUCCUCGUCGCUUCAGUAUCUAAGAAGCUUUUAGUCUUCUACAAAGAAAAAAUAGAAAACUAUACAGUAUAAACCAAGAAUCAGGGGAGUGAGAAUCAUAGAGUCAAAAAUGUUUCACUCGGAAGGGCUCGUAUCGAGGAAAGGACCUUUAGGAGCGAUUUGGGUGGCAGCGUAUUUCGUGAAGAAACUAAAGAAAGCUCAAGUCAAAGACACUAACAUUCCUUCCUCCGUUGACCAGAUCUUGCAACAGGAGUUGGACGCUUUGACAUACAGAGGGUUAGCGUAUCUUCUUCUUGGUCUUGUUAGAAUAUAUUCCAAGAAGGUGGACUCUUUGUUCCAUGAUUGCAACACAGCCUUGAUCGGUGUAAAGGAGCAGAACAGAGAUAACACUAAUGUGCCUUUGCCUGCUGCUGCAUCUACGGGGUUUCCUUCAAUUGCUCUGCCUCAGUGUUUCGAACUGGAUGCUUUUGAUCUUGGGCUUUUGGAAGAUUCUCACGGGGAUAAUGUUAAGCCGCAGGAAGAUAUUACACUUAAGCAUGAUGGAGUUUCUGGUCGGGAUACAGAGAGCAUUGACCACUACUAUAUGGAAAGGUUCGACAUGGAGGAGGAUGACCUCGGCUGUACGUUUCAUGUUGUCGAUGAUCAUACUGAUACUAGACAUGACACCGCCCAUGAUAUGGACAUUGAUGUCAGAGAUGCUAGUGGAGAAGCAUCAGUCAGAGAAGUUGAAGCAGAACCACUGGAGUCUAACAAGUCAUCCAGAGAUCAACAAAACGCAUCUAGGCAUGACCGGUCCCUCCCGUCUGAAUGCAAGAGUCCUGAAGCGCUUCACGGGAUUGAGGAACUAGAACCAGGAUCUGUGGUGGGAAAUGGAGACUUGCCUGAAUGCAUAGAGAAACAUAGAGGCCAUAGUGAUGUGGAAAUGACGGACACUAAUAUGUUUCAUACAGAGCCAUCUGAGACUCCUCAAGUGAAUAAAGUUGGAUACAAUGAGAAAGGUUUCCUCUCUGACAUGACUUUGUCAGAAGAGCCUGAGAGUAAAGGGUCUAAUGCUAAAGAUGCGCCAGUUGCUGCUACUCCCAAAACACCUUCGCGGCUGAAGACCUCUCAAGGGGAAACAAGCCAUCAGUUCUCCAUCAUUAACACGCCUGGUGGAAAGGAAUCUUCUUCUCGGGUUUCGCGGAAGAGAAAAUGUCUAAUAGAUGAUGAAGUGAUAAUCCCGAACAAAGUUUUGAAGAAAAUGAUAGAAGACUCAAGUACAUUGGUUACAAAACGUAGAAAGGUUCCUCAUACUGACUAUUAUGAGAGAAGAAUCAAACGUUUUGCCGAUCCCUCUAGAAGUUUUUGGGACCCUUUGUUUCCAUAUGGCUCUUUGGACCUCCAAUUGCUUUUCUGUCAACCCAUCAAGUUUAAAGAACAGAACACCACAGAAACUCCUAAAGCUGCUAAAACCGCUAGGCGAAUGAAAAGGUCUUCUCUUAGAACAGUUGAAAGCCGUGGGGAUGUUUUUCCUUUAGAGCAGACUGAGACUGGUCGGGAAAUUAUGGAGACUCCUCAGGCUGCUGGUCUUGCCGAGCUGAAAAUUACUGUUCCAGAGAUGGUUUCAGCAAGUUCCAUAGCUGCUGAAAGUGCUCAUCAAACAAAGGUUGCUCCAGAGACGCCAAUGAAGCCUGCAGAGCCAACGUAUAUUGCUCCAGAAACACCAGCAGUCUCUGAGCGAGUUGAGAUUGCUCCUGAUACGCCCGUGAGAGAAUCAAUGUCGAAAAGAUAUUUCGAGGACCCUGAGACCUGUGAACAAGAAACAAGACCUUCAAACUCCUUCACCUUCUUUGACGAGUGCCCGUCAGCAUUUUGCGAGGAUAGAAGGGACCUUGAUGCAAUUUUGAUGAACGAGGAGGUGAAUGCACAUGAAACAGAGGACCUGCAACAAGAGACAUGGUUAGCAAGAACGAGGAAUGUGGCAAAAUUCUUGGAGAAAACGUUUCUGGAGCAAAGGGAGAAAGGAGAAGAAGAAAAAGCGAGUUUGUUACAGUUGUGCAGAGGAAGAACGCAGAAGGAAAGCGCAAGACUCUUCUACGAGACUUUGGUAUUGAAGACGAAAGGUUACUUGGAAGUGAAGCAAGAUCAUCCAUAUAGUGAUAUUCUUCUCUCGCGGUUCACCGGACAACAUGAAGCUUGUUGAGAAGCUCUAUCUAGAUUUCUUCUCUCCAGUUUAGGUUUUUUUUUUCUGGUAAGUUGUUAGUCUUUUUGUAAUCAAAGGGAUUUGGGGUUUUUUUCCUUACCGUCGUUUAAGUCAACUCUUUAGACUUGGAAUGAUCAACCACCUUAAUAUAUAUGAAUCGACUUGGUUGAUCUAAUCAAAGUUUUGGAGACAAUGCAAAAUACUUAAAGACUUCUUUUAGGUUUUGGGAGAACACCCAGAAGAAGGACACGCUAAAACUCUGUAUGUUCAAAUCUAGAUCGUUGUGAUAGUGAUUAGUUUUCCUGCUUAAAGGUGUAUCUGAUUUUGUUGAACGGAACUCAUCUCUUUGGCUUGUCUAAGUUGUCUUCUUUCUCCCUAUAUGUUCCUGUCUAUGGUCUUGAUGACAGUCUAUUCUGGAACUUGUAACAAUAAGCUUACUAUGUUGCUGAGGGGUUUAGUUUAGUUCACGACGUCGAGAACCAGCUUUCGGGAUUUGAGAACUGGCCAUUUCAGUCUCCUGUAAUAUGCACACUUGAACCAGAGGCAAUGAUAGUAAGAAGA